CACAAUGAGGGAUCACGGGAUCCAGAGAUAGCGGCAUUGGGGGGUAGAGGGAUCGGAGUUUUGGGGUGGCCCCUGUGCCCCUCCAGAUUCCCCCUCACGAGGGCCCGGAGGUGCAUUUCUGCCCUCUCCCCCCAUCCCUAGAAUUAAAAAUUGUUGGAAUUGCACAAUGAGGCCGGAGGGUUCAACAGUGGCGUGGAGGAAUUUGGGGAUCAGGCUCUCACGUGCAGAGGCAUCAGAGGCGGCUCCUCACCCCGGCCCCGCCAUGGACUGGUUCCACUGCUGGUGCUGCUUCCGCCAAGAGGGCGCCCGGUUCGCCAUCACCACCUGCGGCCACAUCCUGUGCGAGGACUGUGGGGGCACGGGUCCCUGCCCGGUCUGUGCCACUGCAUGCCACUACCUGCCUCUAUCCCAGCAGAUGCACCCAGAGGUGAAGGUUUUCUUCAAGAACCCAGCAGACCUCGCCCUCAAGCACCUCGCCCACAUCACGAAGGUGUGCCAGUUCCAGCUGGGACAGGCGCAGCUGAAGGUGGACACGCACCGGGACAGAGCUUGGCGAGCACGGGCAGAGCUGGAGAAGGCCAGAGAGGAGCUGGGGGAGAUGAGUAGGGAGGUGGAGUCAUUUCGCCGGGAGAAUGCAGAGCUGCGCCGCAUGCAGCUAUCCCCGGGCUGGCGCUGGAGCAGCCACAGCAGCACCCCCCGUCCCUCCCCCACACAGUCAGUCACCGCGCAGCCCCGCCGGCAGCUGAGCAGCCAAGUGGUCAGCCGCUUGUCCUCACUGGAGCCCCCUCGGUCCCACAGCACCCCAGGAUGGCAGGUUGGCGUAGCCUACAGAGAUUCAGGGACUCCUCUGGUCUCCAGCAUGGUGCCCCCCACGGCUGGGACAACCGAAGGGCAGGGUUCUGCUCUGCGGCCGGCGAGGGAGGGGCCCUCCCAGUGGGAUCCCAAUCCGCGGCCAUAAAGGACAAACAGGGACCUCUGA